AUGUCGAAGCGUGCUCCGCCAGCUAAUGCAACUGGAGCUGAGUCAGUCAACAACACUGAACUGGCGAAUAUGCAACUUCGUCGAGAGUUGGUUAAAUUAGAGUACUACGAUCCAGUCAGCAAAAGGAGAAUUUUGAAGAAAGAGUUCGAAAGGUUCCACUGCUGCAUGUGUAAAUCGACGGCAUUCAGUCACAAUCGUCUGGUUGGCCAUGUUUCUCGCUGCUUGUCAGAUGGACAAAACUUUAAGGAGAUGAUGUUGAAAUCGAUGGAGUAUACAAUCCAAAAAAAUUUCGGACAAUAA